CCGCCCGCAGCCCCGCGCUGUGCCGCCGCCACCGCUGCACCCGCUCUCUCCGCGCCUGCUCGCCAAGCCCCGCCGAGCCGUCACCACCCGCAGUCUUUCAGCCUCUCCACCCUCAAGAUGCUCUCCCUGGAUCCAUCGAGUUCCAAGUGGGACUGCCCGCUAGGCUCCAAGGACCUAGAAGAAGAGGAGGGCCCAUGGAGAGGGGACUCUGGCCUGCCACCCACAGGCUGCUUCCCUGGCCCCUGGCGGCAGGAUGUAGGCCUGGACUGCAAGGGCUCCCCGGAGGGGGCUGAGGCGCAAGCCUGGACUGUCUACUAUUACAGUCUCCUGCAGAGCUGUCUGCAGCAAGCUGGCCUUCCAGAGACCCAGGACCGCAGCCAGGUGCCCCGCACAGGUUGCCCUGGGGCAGAGGUGACCUUGUGCAUUCUGGGAUCCCCCAGCACCUUUCUGUCUGUGCUGCUGGAGGGUGGGGUCCAGAGCCCUGGAAACAUGCUCCUUUGCCUGUCCCCUGCUUGGCUGACAAAAGUGCCAGCACUGGGACAGCCGGGUGAGGCCACUCUGCUGGUCUCCAAGGCUGUGAGCUUCCACCCAGGGGGCCUGACAUUCCUGGAUGACUUUGUCCCUCCUCGGCGUGCCACCUACUUCCUGGCCAGCCUGGGGCCAGGACCUGGUGGGGGCCGGGAGGCAGCAGAGCUGGCUCGCAACCUGACUUGCCCUACAGGAGCUUCUGUGGAGCUGGCUCGGCUGUUGGAGGACCGGCUGCUGAUGAGGCGGUUGCUGUCCCAACAGGGUGGUGUGGUCGUGCCAGCCACCCUGGCUUUCACCUACAAGCCUCCAGGGUUGCUGCGGGGAGGGGAUGCCAGCCCGGGACUACGGCUGGUGGAGCUGAGUGGCAAAGAAGGCCAGGAAACACUAGUGAAAGAGGAAGUAGGAGACUUUCUGCACUCCGAGGCACUGGGUGAUGCCUUGCAGGUGGCUGUGAAGCUCAGCGGCUGGCGCUGGCAGGGGCGGCAAACAUUGUGUCUCCACCCCCGGACAGAGCUAGACACAGUGGUGGACACAGUGCUGACAUUGCUGGAGAAGCUAGAGGAGGAAGAGGGUGUCCUGGUGGAGGCUAUGUGCCCACCUGCCCAGCUGCCCUUCUCAGACGGCCCCUCACCUGGCCCUGAGCUGGCUGUACGUAUCUGUGCCGUGGUGUGUAGGAUUCAGGGUGACAGGCCCCUGCUGAGCAAGAAGGUGCACUUGCAGCAAGAUAGGAGGGAGGACUUAGAGGAGUCAGUCUUGGGAGAACGCCUCCUCCUGGGCCAGCCCUUUGAGCCAUACCCUGCCCAGGUGGUGUGCGGUGUAGGUCGUGGAGACCGACUUCUGCGACAUCAGAACACCUUGCCAAGGACGCUGGAUGUGGCGCUGGCCCAGUGCGGCCUGGGCGAGGCGGCGCAGGUGGCGGUGGUGCGGCAGCGCGUCAAGGAGGCAGCUGAGGCCGCGCUGGCCGCGGUGCUGGCCCUGGAGGCCGGCUUGAGCGCAGAGCAGCGCGGCGGGCGCCAGGCCCGCACUGACUUCCUUGGCGUGGACUUCGCUCUGACAGUGGUCGGCCGCGCGCUGACCCCGGUGGCCCUAAAGCUGAACUGCGGCCUGUGCCUGGAGGCGUGCGGUGCGCUCGAGGGGCUGUGGGCCGCGCCGCGCCUUGGACCUGCGGCCGAGGAGACGGCGGCCGCGCUGCUGGUGGAGACCAUGCUCCGGCGCUCGGCGCACUGCCUCAUGGAGGGCAAGCAGCUGCUGGUGAUCGGAGCCGGCGGUGUCAGCAAGAAGUUCGUGUGGGAGGCUGCGCGCGACUACGGGCUCAAGCUGCACGUGGUAGAUUCACACCCCAACCACUUUGCAUCGCAGCUGGUGCAGACCUUCAUCCACUUUGAUGUGACGGAGCAUCGGAGGGAUGAGGAAAAUGCACGGCUGCUGGCUGAGCAGGUGCGGGCACGAGGCCUGCAGCUAGAUGGUUGCUUCUCCUUCUGGGAUGACUGCCUGGUGCUCACAGCCCUGCUCUGCCAGGAGCUGGGUUUGCCCUGCAACACCCCAACUGCCAUGUGCCUGGCCAAGCAAAAGAGCCGCACCCAGCUGCACCUGUUGCGCCACCAGGGCCCACCCUGGCCUGCACCCUCCCUCCAUGCCGUGCCUUGCUGCCCACUGGAGAGUGAGGCUGAUGUGGAAAGAGCUGUCCAUCAGGUACCUCUGCCAGGUGUGAUGAAGCUGGAGUUCGGGUCAGGAGCAGUGGGCGUGCAGCUAGUGAAGGAUGGGCCACAGUGCCAUGAGCACUUUUCCCGGAUCGCCCGUGACUUGCAGGGUGAGGCUGACCACCCAGGCAUUGGGCUGGGCUGGGGUAAUGCCAUGCUGCUGAUGGAGUUUGUCGAGGGCACCGAGCAUGAUGUGGACUUGGUACUAUUUGGCGGCCGACUGCUGGCUGCCUUUGUCUCCGACAAUGGCCCCACGAAGCUGCCUGGUUUCACAGAGACGGCAGCCUGCAUGCCCACUGUGCUGGCACCAGAGCAGGAGGCUCAGAUGGUGCAGGCAGCGUUUCGUUGUUGCCUGGGCUGCGGCCUGCUUGAUGGGGUCUUCAAUGUGGAGCUCAAGUUGACAGGGGCUGGACCCCGGCUAAUUGAGAUCAACCCCCGCAUGGGCGGUUUCUACCUGCGCAACUGGAUCCUGGAGCUCUAUGGUGUGGACAUACUGCUGGCUUCUGCAAUGGUGGCCUGUGGCCUGCGGCCUGCCCUGCCCACCCACCCUCGGGCUCGUGGCCACCUGGUUGGCAUCAUGUGUGUGUUGUCUCAACACCUGCAGGUGCUGAGUUCCACCACCACCCGAGAGACCCUGCAGGGCCUGCAUGAUCAGGGCCUGCUUCGCCUCAAUCUGCUGGAGGAGAAUCUGGAGCCUGACAAGUAUGAGGAGCCCUUCUGCAAUGUGGCCUGUACUGGGCACACCCAUGCCGAGGCCUGCCACCGCCUGCUGGGCCUCUGCCAGGGCCUGGGCAUCGACAGGCCCAACUACCCAGUUGCCCACUUCCUGUCUCAUUUCAAAUAGCACUGGGUCAGGGGGCAGGGAUGAAGUGCUAGGGGGAGGGGCAGAGGUGCCCUCCACUCCCUGGACUCUUCCCUGCCUCUUUCCAUAUUGUCCCACCCCAGCCUCCUCCUCACCCCCAUGUCUCAGGUUUGUUUCAGAGCAGCAGGGCCAUUUUGAUAUCAAAGACUCCUGGGCUAAGGAACAUAAACAAGUAUCUGAGGGCUGCUGGUGUUUUUGUCCUCUCAAAGGUCUCUAUCCAGCCCACAGCUGCCCUGGGAUGUUAGCUCUCAAGAAGCAACAGCAGCUGCACACACAUGCACACACAUACACACACACACACACACACACACACACACACACUGCCACCGCCACCCCAAAUGGGAGUGGCCCAAGCCCAGACCCUCCUCUCCAUCCUUCCAGGUGUAUCUCUCUUCCUGUCACCUACAGGAGAGAACCUGGCUAGGCCCCUGGUCUUGGACAAAUCCCAGGACAACUUGAGAUUAAAGCCCCUUUCUUUGUCUUAUGCAAAUUCCAGGAUAGUUCUAGAACCUACUGAAAACUCCCACAGUGCUUCCCACCUGUGACAGCUGGCCUGAGCGGUAGAAACAGGUGGCCUGUGGUCAUCAUAAUCACCUCCCUCAUACCUCCAGGAAGACUCUAUUGCCCCCAGUCUACAGAGGAGGAAGCAGGCUCAGAGAGGAAAAAUGACUGCCCACAAAGGCCUACCAUAAUGGAUGUGGAUAGAACGCAAGAGCCUACUCGCUUUCCAGGCCCCUUCACCUCUCUGCCCUUCUUCAUAAGUGGCCCCAGGAAUUGUGAAUACCCCCUUGCAUGCACCUUCUCCACUAUACUUCAGUGCUUUGGCUCUGGCAUACUACCUACCGCUGGCAGAGGGCAUCUAUGUUCCCUUCCUUGCUCAGGGAAGCUAUUUCAAGAACUCUGCCUCUGUCCAGCACAGAAACUGUGGGCAGCUCCGUAAUCACCCUCCCCAAAUAAAGGCUUGUGAACUAGCAAAGUGUCUGGACUGUGGGAA